AUGAGAUUAUUUGUUAUAAUUUUAGUCUUAGUAUCGCUUUCUCUUAGUAGAUCUGAUUUUUUAGAAAAUGAAUAAAGAGAUGUUUCUUACUCUAAACAAAUAAACAAACUACUUAAAAAAUUAGAUGAAUAAUAUUACCAUGAAGAAUAAGAGUUCAAAUAUUUUCCACCUUAAUUCUACUAAAAAAAAGGAUUGUAUUCUUCAUACAUUCACGGCAAUGCUAUGGACAAAGAAAAUGGGUAUUUAUACCAUUUAGUUAGAUAGUAUAUCGGAUGUCCUGAUAGCAAUAUGUUUGUGAGUAAUUUUGUGUUAUCUGCCCUUCUUGAUUGCGCAGAAUUUGGAACUAUUUAAAUUGAUUAAGACUUAUUUGAAUAAACAAUUGAUACAAUUUUAGAAUUUAGAGAUAAAAACUAAAAAGAAGGCAUCCCCUCUUACUCUUUCUGGUUAUAAAAGUUAAAAAAUGAAACAUGGUAUUCAAGCCCAAUCAAUCUAGAGAAUAUUGCUAAUUCAAUGAAAUAUAUGCCUGAGUGGGUAAAAACUAUUUUAGCCAAAAUGGGUCUGAAUUUUGUAGCAAUGUCUAAUUUAAUUAUUGAUGCAUUUCAUCUCCCUCCUGAUGCAGAUGAUUCUUCAGUUAAUAUUGCACUUGGAUAUAGAAUAAUGAAUUCUCCUUUUAUUAGACAAUCAAUUAAAGAUAAAUGGAUCCGUAAUAACUAUGAUGUUAAUGGUUAUUUCAAUUUACUAAAGAAAUAUUCUUAUAAGCCAUUCGAUACUUCAAACUCUUCGCUUAACACUAUUGAUAUUAGAACAUAUUUUGGUUUUAAUGAGUACUUGUCAUAAUUAAACAGAACUGAGAAUUUUUAGCUUUUUACUACUUGGAUAAUGAGCACUGAUGAUUAAAUUGAGAAAUUAGUUGCUAUUCCUAGCAAUGUUAAUAACUUUGAUUGUUCAGUCUUAAGUAAUACACUUUUUGGCCUGCACCAUGCUUUACUCUACUCAAACUAAACUGAAUUUGAAAAAAUAUUUGAUUAAGAGCUCUAAGGUUUAUAUUUAAACUCAACUGACAUUAUAAAUUAUGCUAUCAAUUCAGAAAUUGCACUCAGACAUCCAGAUAUUGCCUUCUUCUAUUAUCCAUCUGUUUAUGAUUUUUAUUGGUUUGUUGCUAGAAAUGUUCACUUGCUUAAUUCUAAUAAGUAAAAAAUUUAGCAUAGCUUAAUUAAAUAAGUAGCAGAUAGUUUAAACGAAUCUAUGAAGAAUAAAGGAACGAAGUUUCUCUUAAAUAAUGCAAAGCUAGAUAAGAAUGGAAAUAUUUACUGGGAAGAGUUUUUAGGAGUAUAUAAUAAUAAAACUUAUAAUGAAGACACUACAUUUUCUACAGUUAUGACCUUAAAUGCUCUCCUCGAUACUUGGACAGUCUCAAUAAGUCACUAAAAUGGAACUAUAAGCAGAAUCUUUGACCCAUAAACUCCUAAAAAUGUAACUAAUACUAUUUAGAAAGGAAUAUAAACUUUGCUUAAGGACAAUUCUUUCUCAAAGAGUAAUUAAAAUGCAUUCUUUUCAGGAAGUUUUAAAUCUGUUAACACUUGGUUUUAUUAUCCUAUGAAUGUAAAUUAUUAUCUAAAUGGAACUGUAUUUGAUCCUCAUAAUCCCCCUGUAGUUCUAAAUGAGUAAGUUGCAGCAGUAAGAGGCAUUUAUAAUCAGUCAGAAUACUAAGAAUUAUUACAAUAAAAGUGGUUUGGCUUCAAGCCAAUUGAAGAAUUUUUAGGAUAUAAUUAUGAAUCAUUUUCUUAUCCUUAUUGGUCAUCUCCAUCAAUAACACUAAGUAUGGGCAUGUCAUUACUUAGUAAAUACUAAUCUAUCCAUUUAGAUUGA